AUGAUCAAGGCCUAUUAUCGCUCCACUACUGCGAGAGUCCUGGUCCGCAACAAUCUUUCCCAACCGUUCGGUAUUCGGUCUGGCGCCAGACAGGGUUGUAUCCUGUCGUCCAUUCUGUUCAACUACGCUAUUGACUGGAUUCUCGGGAGGGCCCUACGAGAGAGUGACGGCGUUGAGUUUGCACCCGGACACCGACUGGCUGAUCUCGACUAUGCCGAUGAUAUCGCCUUACUUGCUUCAAAUUUUGGUGAUCUGCUGUCUAUGGUGUCACGAGUGGACGAGGUCGGUAAAUCUGUCGGUUUAUCCAUAAAAGCUGGGAAGACCAAAGUGUUUUCAAGCUGCAUCCCUGACCAGGAGAAGGUACCCCUCGGAAUUGAUGGCUGUAAACUUGAUGAAGUAGACAGUUUUAAAUAG